AGUACGAGUAAGCAAGAGAAAAUUGAAAAAAGUGUGAAUAAUUUCGACACCAUUUACCGAUAGAGCAAUAAUUACAAUCGAUUCACUCACCAGAAAUUAGCUAAAUGGCGACAGCGAACGGUGGGGCGACGGCCCCUAUGGAUUGUAAAAAUGUCUGGGUCUGGAAGAAUCCAACUUGUCAUGCUGAUUUUGGAUUCUAAAAAACUCUGUAUUGCAUGAGCAGCAAAGAGAGUCUCCAAGUUUUGCUACACGGAAAGAGCAUUUGUCAUGCGGUAUAGGCAUCAGGAAGCCCUCACAAAAUCUGUGAUGCUAGGGCAUGCAUCACAGACGUCAGGAGUCAUGCAAAAUGUGCAUGACAAACCUGGCAAUCUUCCAGACCCAGACACUUUUACAUUUGAUAGCCCCUGCGGCCCCCAAGGUGGGCGCCGAGGAUGCGGGCGCGGGCGCCGCGGCUCCGCAGCAAAAUGUGUCAUCGCUGUCCGAAUAUGCAUUGCAAAUAAAGCAUCGUACUAGUAUAAAUUGCAUCACAAAUUUUGGCAAGAGGGAAAGUGGAAUUUGUAAUGCUGUUUUCCCUUAGGAAAAACCUUUGUAAUGCACAUUUGCAAUUAGUACGAGUACGAUACUUUUGCACAGGAUACCGAAAUGGAAUGGAAGUCCAUGGAAGUCCCACUGGAGGCCCAGACAAAAAACACUCACUUAAGCCUGCAAAAGUGGCUCGCGGACCGGGCGAGAGUCCUUGGUAUUGAAUUUUUUUUACCAGCACCUCGACUAUGCAAAAAUCGAAAGAUGAGUCGAUUGCUGAUCAUGCUGGAACUGCAACUGCAUGAUGUUGACGACGUGAACUGUGAAGUACAAAUAACAAGUAGUUUGCAUAGAAGAAAAAAGUGCUAAGUAGUUUGUUCCACUUUACUGUUCGUUGCGCUAUGCCCAGGAUUAAUCGAACUUUAGGUAUCCGCGCCAAGCAGGCGGAGGAGGAUGAGGACGACGAUGACGAUAUUUUGAGUAAAAACGUCCCCACCCCAGAGUUGUCAUGUAAAUCUGCAUGCCAAAAAAGUUUCUGAUGCGGAGCCCCAUGAGAAGCAUUUUCUGGUCGUAUUUUGGAAUUUGUGAUGCUAGAACCAGCAUUAUAUUCUAGGUCAGUGAUGCUGCUGGAGCUAGUGCAACAGGAUUACACUACGGGGCCAAACUUGUCAUGCCAAACACCCAAAGCUGGUUGAUUUGUCUAGCAGAUUUCCCAUCUUGACUCUGGUGUGGGGACGUUUUUAACCAGGAUAGACGAGUCCGACGACGAGGAUGGUACGCCGGCGUCCAAUAUCAAGUGUAAAAAUGUCUGGGUCUGGAAGACUGUAGAUUUGUCAUGCAGAUUUUCCAUGGCCCAUGAGGUCUGGAAUGCGGGACUUUGCAUGACAGACUCUGCGAGGUGUCUGCCAUGCCUAUUCUGCAUGAGAAACUCCGUUCCAACUUGGUCAAAAGUGGACAGCUUUUGGCACUCAUGCAACACAGAUUUUUGCAUGCUUCAGAUUUACCAUGACAAGUUGCAAUCUUCCAGACCCAGACAUUUUUGCAAUUCAUAUCCAACAAGGGCAAAGCCCAAGCCACCCCGGCCCAGCAGCAGGAGGUGGAAGAGAAAAACUGGUCGCAAGUGAACCUGGCAUUCCAGGAGUCCAAGCUUUCGUGGAAGCAGAGCUUCAACCCGUACAACUUCACCAACUGGCUCUGGUGCCACGUAGUGCGAUAUCAAAUGCAAAAAUGCCUGGGUCUGGAAAAGUGGAACUUGUAAUGCGUGUCAUGCAUUCCCGGAAAAUCUGUGUUGCAUGAGCAGCACAACAGAGGCUUUCUUUGUCAUGCAAAAACGCAAUUUGUAUUUGUAAUGCGUGCUAGGCAUCAGCAGGCCUCUCAAAUUUGUCAUGCUUGGCUGCCAUUGGAAGCGCUUCAACCAUGCGCAAUUCAGCAUCACAAGUUUCCAGACCCAGACAUUUUUGCAUUUGAUAUGCGAAACCGACUAGAGGAAUCCAAGGGAAACGUGGAGGACUUUGCCGAAGGUGAUCUGGAAAAAGUAGUCGAGGGCGUGCAGGAUGUGCACGACAUUCUCGCCGAGUUUAUCCCGGCGGACCAAGUCAAGAAGGACAAGGUAUUACGUGCUCACUUAUGUUGUUGUCGAAGAGCUGCGCUCCGGCAAAUUCAUGACUUUCACAUCGUUUUUUGCUUCGUAUUUAUAGCCUUUGUGGUCUUAAGUAAAGGUAAACUACCUGCACUUGUUUGACGGAAGAUGAUUCAGCGACGAGAUUCUUGCAAAUGUACGCGUUGUCGUUCGCAACUUGUUGUUCACUACAUCGCACGAAGCUACUAUGAUCUUCUACAGUAUCAAAACCAAAAAAAAUCAGGAUAGCAAAAAGGACAAGAAGGACAAGAAGGAUGACAAAAAGGACAAGAAGGACGACAAGAAGAGCAAAAAGGAGGAAAAGUCCAACUCCAAGGACGAUAAGAAGGACAACAAGAAGGACGCAAAGAAAAAGAAACCGGCCGUCACGCUGA